UUCAGGCGGCCAAUGGCCCGCGGCGCGUCGGUUGUGGAUUUGCAGCUGCUCCCCCCGGCAGUGGGGCGGGGUCCGGGGUCCGAGCCUGAGUACCCUGCAAAGGCAGUGAAUGGUGGCAGCUAUGCCUCUGUGUGGGCGGAGAACCAUGUCGGAAGACAGCAGGGCAGAUGGCACCGAAGCUCAGCCCCUCGUACCCACGGAAAGCUUGAUGGUGCUGCUGCACUGGGCUGGGCCGGAGGGUGGGGAGCCUUGGGUCACCUUCAGCCAGACGCCUCUGACUGCCGAGGACAUCUGCAUCCAGAUUGCACACAAAGUCGGCAUCACUCCACCCUGCCUGAAUCUCUUUGCCCUCUAUGAUGCACAGGCCAAGGUCUGGCUGCCCCCAAACCACGUCCUAGACACAUCCCAAGAUGUGAGCCUAAGGCUGUAUUUCCGAAUGAGGUUUUACUUCCGGAACUGGCAUGGCAUGAGUCCCCAAGAGCCAGCUGUGUACCGCUGUGGUUCCCCGGGGUCAGAGCAGGGUGUGCAGCUCCUGGACUCCGCCUCAUUUGAAUACCUCUUUGAGCAGGGAAAACAUGAGUUCAUGAAUGACGUGGUGUCUCUGCGGGACCUGUCUAGUGAGGAAGAGAUCCAUCACUUUAAGAAUGAGAGCUUGGGCAUGGCCUUUCUGCACCUCUGCCACCUUGCUCUCUGCCGCGGUGUCCCCCUGGAGGAGAUGGCCAGAGAGAUCAGCUUUAAGAACUGCAUCCCUCGUUCCUUCCGCCAGCACAUCCGUCAGCACAAUGCGCUCACGCGCCUGCGUCUCCGCAGAGUCUUCCGGCGAUUCCUGCGGGCCUUUCGGCCUGGCCACCUCUCCCAGCAGGUUGUGAUGGUUAAGUACUUGGCCACCCUGGAGCGGCUGGCUCCUCGAUUUGGCUCAGAGCACAUACCAGUGUGUUAUCUGGAGGUGCUGGACCAGCUUGAGAGGGACCCCUGCUACAUCCAGAACAGUGGGCAGACUACUGGGGACCCAGGCCCAGAGCUGGCCACCAGGCUUCCCACCCACGAGGUACUGGUGACAGGCACCAGAGGUAUCCAGUGGCGUCCACUACAGAUCCAGGAAUCUGCAAGAGGUAACAGCAGAGGGAAUCCCCAAGGCAACCGAUCUGGGAAGAAACUCAAGGCCCCUGAGGUUGCCGAGCAGCUGGCCAAGAGUCCUGGGGAGCCAUCCUGGACCUACUUCUGCGACUUCCAGGACAUCUCCCAUGUAGUGCUAAAGGACUGUCACGUGCGCAUCCACCUUCAGGACAACAAGUGUUUGUUGCUGUGCCUCCGUUCCCGGGCUGAAGCCCUGUCCUUUGUGGCCCUGGUGGAUGGCUAUUUCCGCUUGACCGCCGACUCCAGCCACUACCUGUGCCAUGAGGUGGCACCCCCGCGGCUGUUGACCAGCAUCCAGAAUGGCAUCCAUGGGCCCCUGAUGGAUCCAUUUGUGCAAGCCAAGCUGUGGCCAGAGGAUGGCCUCUACCUGAUCCAGUGGAGCACCAGCCACCUCCACCGUCUGAUCCUCACUGUGGCCCAUCGAGACUCAGCUCCCAACAGCGGCCCCAAGGGUCUGCGCCUCCGAAAGUUCCCCAUCACCCAGCAACCUGGAGCCUUUGUGCUAGAUGGCUGGGGUCGCUCCUUCGACAGCGUGGGGGACCUUCGGGUCGCCUUGCAGGGCUGCUCGCUGCGGGCUGGUGAUGACUGCUUCCCUUUGCACCACUGCUGCCUGCCCCGGCCAGGAGAAAUCUCCAACCUCUUGGUCAUGCGGGGGUCCAGUGCCCACACCCGGCCUCUCAACCUCAGCCAGCUCAGCUUCCACAGAGUUCACCAGGAUGAAAUCACGCAGGUGGGUCCUCUGAGUCCCCACCCACAAUGCAAACUCAGCCUGGCCCUACAUCUGUCCUGGUCUCUGGAGGAAGAGGCAGGUGACUGCCCCUCCAGCAGCGGAAUCUUUGCAGAUAUCAUUGUGACAGAGUUCGUAGAACACGGUCCCCUGGAUGUGUGGUUACGGCGACACAGGGGCCGAGUGCCUAUGACCUGGAAGAUGAUUGUGGCUCAGCAGCUGGCUAGUGCCCUCAGCUACCUGGAGGACAAGAAUCUGGUUCACGGGAAUGUAUGUGGCCGGAACGUCCUGCUGGCGCGGCUGGGGCUAGAGGAGGGUACCAGCCCCUUCAUCAAGUUAAGUGAUCCUGGCGUGGGCCAAGGUGCCCUCUCCAGGGAGGAGCGGGUGGAACGCAUCCCCUGGACAGCUCCUGAGUGCCUGUCUGGAGAGACCAGUAACUUGGGUACUGCCACAGACAUGUGGGGUUUUGGUGCCACCCUUCUUGAGAUCUGCUUUGAUGGGGAUGCACCCCUGCAGGGUCGUCGCCCCUCCGAGAAAGAACGAUUCUACACAAAGCAGCACCAGCUGCCCGAGCCCUCAUGCCCAGAGCUGGCCACACUCACCCGCCAGUGCCUGACCUACGAACCAGCACAGCGGCCAUCAUUCCGCACCAUUUUGCGGGACCUCACCAGGCUGCAGCCACAGAAUCUAGUGGGUAUCUCGGCUGUGAACUCAGACUCAGCAGCAUCAGACCCCACGGUUUUCCACAAACGUUAUUUGAAAAAGAUCCGGGAUUUGGGUGAGGGUCACUUUGGCAAGGUCAGCCUGUACUGCUAUGAUCCAACCAAUGAUGGCACUGGCGAGAUGGUGGCUGUGAAAGCCCUUAAGGAGGGAUGUGGUCCCCAGCUCCGCUCAGGCUGGCAGCGGGAGAUCGAAAUCCUGCGGACCCUGUACCAUGAACAUAUUGUCAAGUACAAAGGCUGCUGUGAGGACCAAGGAGAGAAGUCUGUACAGCUGGUCAUGGAAUACGUCCCCCUGGGCAGCCUUCGGGACUACCUGCCACGGCACAGCAUUGGGCUGGCUCAGCUCCUGUUGUUUGCCCAGCAGAUCUGCGAGGGCAUGGCCUACCUGCACGGGCAACACUACAUUCACCGAGACCUAGCCGCGCGCAAUGUGCUUCUGGACAAUGACAGGCUGGUCAAGAUUGGAGACUUUGGCUUAGCCAAGGCAGUGCCUGAAGGCCACGAGUACUACCGCGUUCGCGAGGACGGGGACAGCCCAGUGUUCUGGUAUGCCCCGGAAUGUCUGAAGGAGUGCAAAUUUUACUAUGCUUCAGAUGUCUGGUCUUUCGGGGUGACCCUGUACGAGCUGUUGACCUACUGUGACUCUAGGCAGAGCCCCCCCACGAAAUUCAUGGAGCUCAUCGGCAUCACCCAGGGCCAGAUGACCGUGCUGAGGCUCACAGAGCUGCUGGAGCGAGGAGAGCGGCUGCCUCGGCCUGACAGGUGUCCGUGUGAGAUCUAUCUCCUCAUGAAAAACUGCUGGGAGGCAGAGGCCUCCUUCCGACCCACGUUCCAGAAUCUUGUGCCUAUCCUCAAGACAGCCCAGGAGAAGUACCAAGGCCAGGUGCCUUCAGUGUUCAGUGUGUGCUGACGGUCAAGGGUGUCGGGAUAGAUGGGCCCACAGAGAAGCCUCCACAUGCUCUACACCCUACUCUUGUCUGGAAACCCCUGUCAGUGAGCAGACAACUUUUCCUUCCUUGACCAUGAACCUGAAUGGACCCUGGAUGUGCAAAAGGGCCAAGUGGAUCCUCGAGUCUUUCAUUUGGGUCUGUCCAUCGUCACAGUGGAGACCCAUCAUCUUUACCAGCUGGGAGGAAACUGUUUGCUUUGCUGGACGCCCGAGGGCUUUAGGGUCCAUAUUCAGCAAGGUGGCAUGGCUGGUGUGCAGAUAGAAUGAGACUUCUGGACACUUCUGAUCACCCCUCAACCACCAGCCAAGCUGGGGUGUGACUGGCAAAGCCUGUGCUUAGCAGCGGGGAAGACCUGGGUUCCUUCCCUAGCAACCAAGCCACUAGCUAGAUCAGUUCCCAAUAGACAGAAGGCACCCGAUAACUGCUUGCUGGAGGCUGGGGAGAUUGCUCAGUCAGUGAAGCACUUACAUGCUUUGCAAGCAUGAGGAUGUGAGUUCAAUUCCCAGCUUGUCCCAGUACUGGAGAGGAAGAGACAGAAGCUCCCUGGGGCUCACUGACCAGCAGCUUAGUCUGUUCAGUGACACAGGCCAGUGAGAGUCCCUGCCUCCAAACAGGGUGUGACAGUGCCUCAGGAAGAGUACCCAGAGUUGUCCCCUGACCUCUGCACACACACAUGGCCACACACCUGCGUAUGCACUUGCCUACACACUCACAGGAGGUCCUGUGUGACCUGAGGUAAAUGUCUUGAUCUCUGGGCCUCAUGUCUCAACUAUGGGGAUGGUCAGCCUUUCUACCUCAUAGGACUGAUGAAGAGCACUGACGGUUGUGCUUAAACUGCUUAGGAGGAGACACAGAUAAGUGUUUAAUAAAUGUUUAUUACCAUUCUGGUGUUUUCGGUGAAGAGGUGAGAUUGAGACAGGCAGUAGGAGCAGAUGCAGUUGUGAGCGGCAGAGAAAUAACUGCUCCCCAAGGGUUUCUAAAGACGUCAUGGAGGCUGGGC